AUUAUUUUGCUACUUUUUAACCAUUUUCCUUGUAAUUUAUCACCCAAACUAUGGGCAGAUUUGAAAUUAGCGACCAAAGUAGUAAAACACACUUAAAAAACUUCAUAAAACAAAAAAGGUUCAAUUUUGUUGACCAGUGUUAUGACUUCCAUUCUAAAUGUAAACAAAAUAAAACGUAAAACAGAAAAGCCCCUUAUCGACCCACUGUAUUUUUCCAUAACUUUGCUGGAACUCGACAAAAAUCGAUAUCCCAUUUCCACCACACACAAAAAAUAUUUGCUCUCAACAAAUCUACCCUCACUCUGCUCAGUUGAGUUUGAAAAGUUCCAUUUUCAGUCAGUUCUUCGUAUUCACUUGCACAAAAAAGGAUAUAAUUUCACUGUGCACACUGUGUCAUACUCUUGUGAAAGAAUAAUUAAAUACAAAAAAAAAAGGAUCAAAACCUCAAACAACAAGACAAAGGAAAAGAAAUAUAAAAUUUCCAUCAAGUUUUGUGUAAUUUUAUAACAAUUUAACAAAAUAAUUCAUAUUUUGCAUUAAAUUGUGUAUGUACAUUUGUUUUUAAUUGGAUUCGUAAAAUUCUUAUAUGAAGAAAAAAAAAUGAACUUCAUUACAAGGUUUAAUUACUGAAUGCAUAAGGAACAACCCAAAAUUUAAGAAAAAAUUUAGUGAACUCCCGAGUGUGAACAAAAAAAAAAGGGAAGGAAGAAAAAGUUUCUAAAAGUUGUUAAUUGGAAAAUAGUCUGCUUUUUGAAAAGCAAUAACAUGCGUGGCCUUGGCGAAGACACAACUUUGAUUGUCGCCAAUUCUAACAAAAAAUCCAAUUUCAACAAUAACAAUCAUAGUCAGAAAAAAUCUGGCAAAUAUAUUAUGCAGUCGGCAUCUUCAUCAUCGACUAUUGCCUCAGCAUCCUCAUCAUCGGGUGGCUCAACAGCAGCAAUAGUCUCAAAUAAUAGCAACAAUAAUUCCAAUAUGUCUACAACAAUUGCUUUGCCAAAGGCUUCGCAUGCAAAUACUAGCGAAGAGAUAGCCGGCGGAGUACAGGAUACAAUUUACUUGUGUAACUUUCGUGUAUCGGUGGAUGGUGAAUGGUUGUGUUUGAAGGAAUUACAGGAUCUGGAUAUUCAGGAUGGUGGUCGAAGCAGGAACAUGAAGGCAAAGAAUCCAAUCGAUGAUAACAAUGGUAUACAUUGUCACAAAGGUUAUGAACGUCAUGUCGAUGUUGCACACGGCUUAAAUAAUUACGAACGCGAUUGGGCUAAUUUCUCACGCGAACCCUCCGAAAUUGAAAGAAGUAAUUUAGUUAAUAUCUGCAAACUUGUUGUCAAAGAACUUUUGGAACAAUCUUUAAGAUAUGGUCGAAUGUUGGAUUCCGAUCAUUUACCAUUGCAACAUUUUUUCAUUGUUAUUGAGCAUGUUUUGGGUCAUGGUUUACGACCGAAAAAGGGUCUUCUUGGACCACGCAAAGAACUUUGGGAUCUUUUGCAAAGUGUUGAAAACUAUUGUAUUGAAGCUCAAGACAUAACAGCCAGUGUUCGUGAUCUACCAACAGUAAGGACUCAUAUUGGUCGAGCCAGGGCCUGGCUUCGAAUAGCUUUGAUGCAGAAAAAACUAGCAGACUAUCUUCAAGCACUAAUUGAACAUCGUGACGAUGCUUUGGUUGAAUAUUAUGAACCACACGCCUUAAUGAUGAGUGACGAGAUUGUGGUCAUUAUGGGUAUCCUAGUUGGGCUGAAUGUUAUUGAUUGUAAUUUGUGUGUUAAAGAAGAAGACUUGGAUUCCCAACAGGGUGUCAUUGAUUUCUCCCUGUAUUUACGCUCAAGUUCCCGAGCUGCUGAAACUGAUGAAGAUGGUAACAAUGCUUUAGAAGGUCCUGGUGGUAAUAUGAUAGCAGUUCUUGAUCAGAAAAAUUACAUUGAAGAACUCAACAGGCAUUUAAAUGCAACAGUAGCAAAUUUACAAGCUAAAGUUGAAUCCCUUACUACGACGAAUGCUCUAAUGAAAGAGGACUUGGCUAUUGCUAGAAAUAGUCUUCUAGCUUUACAAGCUGAAAAUCAAGCUCUCCGACAAAAUACUCAUAGCCAUAAUCAAAUAGUUCCUGCUGCUUCCAUGCAAUCGAUACACAGUGACCAUAGUUCAAGUUCCAGCAAUAAUAAAGCCUCCAUCACAGAGGCCCAACAAGCUGAAGCACUUGCCGAAGAACAAAAGAAAACUGAAGAACUAGAAAAGGAACUUAAAUUACAAGUAUCGUUGAAGGCUGAAUCGGAUAUGGCUAUGAAGCUGCUAGAAAAGGACAUACAUGAGAAACAAGAUACAAUUGUUUCAUUGCGAAGACAAUUGGAUGAUAUUAAACAAAUUAAUUUGGAAAUGUAUAGAAAGUUGCAGGAAUGCGAUGCAUCACUUAAGCACAAAACUGAGUUAUUAGCGAAACUUGAAUCGCAAAAAGAAGAUAUGGCAAAUACUAUUUUCCAGUUAGAAAAAAAAUGGUCAAAUGACAAAUCAAAUCUGGGUGAAGCUUUGCGUGACACUUCAAAAACCCUCUCAAAUCAAGUGACAGCAUCCGAAGAGAGAGCCGCCUUAGCAGUUGCUGAAGCUCAUGUCGAAAGAGAAUGGCGAGUUUCGCUACAAGAAAAAGAAGUUAAGCUCAAGGAGCAAAUUGUAAAUUUACAAAGCUACAUUAAGGACCUGAACGAAGAAGCAAAACGAAAUGAUGCCGUCAAAGUUGAACUUGAAAAAGUUCGCAAUCAAUGGAAAGAAGCUCAAACAACACUCGAAGAAUUAGGUAUUCAAUUGAGUGUGAAUAAGCUCAAAGUUUCAGAGCUUCAAGAGAAAGCUAACAAAGCUGAAAAGUCCAAUCCGACUGAGGUUAGUAUAUGGACGCCAGAUAAUACAGCUACCAAUUGUAUGGCCUGUAAAAAGGAUUUCAACUUGACUCGUCGGAAACAUCAUUGUCGGCAAUGUGGUGAGAUUUUUUGUAAAAGCUGUUCCGAACAAACUUUUCCACUUCCCAAUGAGCAUGGUCAAGUGGGGAAACCGGUGAGAGUUUGUGAUAAUUGCUUUGUUAGUUUGUCAAAGAGAAAAUAGAUAUUAUUUAUGGCUCUUAUUAAAAUUGCUUCUGAUUCUGAUUGAAAUUGGUUCUCUUUAUCGUAUAUUAGGUAUUGUUAAGUUUAGUUUUCGUUGUUACAUAAAAGUAAAGUAUUACAAAAAAAUAUAUGUGUUGAUGAUAAUUUAUUUUGUCUUAUUGUUGUUUACAGUAAAUUAAUAGAAAAUAAAAUAAAAAAAUGUAUUGCCUUUAUAUAGAAAUAAAAUCAGUACCUAUAUAUUUUCUAAACUUUAAA